AUGCAUCACGUCUCCGGGAAGGAGAAUCCCGCUGAUCUAGCAUCACGAGGCGUGACUCCUCAACGUCUUCAACAAAACGAACUCUGGUGGACCGGUCCUCAUUGGUUACAUACGCAUUCGACAUCUUGGCCGUCUUCAAUUCCGAUUCUCGAGUCUACGGACAACCUCGAAGAACGGCCUCCGCAGUGUACAACUGCAGUGGAAAAUCAUGAACAUAAACUUUCGAUGCUCGAUCGAUACUCAUCGCUGACGACCCUCAUCAGAACUACCGCCUGGGUCCAGCGUGCUCUUCAACUCUUUCGGAAAUCUGUCGCAUCACGCUCAUCUCACGAGCCUCUCACCGUCGAAGAGUUGGAAUCAGCGCUAAUGCUGUGGGUUAAACUCACGCAGCAAAUUUACUUCUCAUCCGAAAUCAAAACCUUGAAGAGCCAACGAUCACUCUCAACCUCGAGCUCUCUCUAUCGUCUAACGCCAUUCCUCGACAGCGAAGGACUUUUGCGUUUACGCGGACGUUUAUUCCGGUCACAACUAGAUCCAGAAGAAAAACAUCCUCUGAUCUUACCUCGAAAAUGUCGAUUAUCCAUUCUCGUGAUGGAUCAUCAUUAUCGAAAGACUCUCCACGGCGGACCGCAGUUAACGUUAUCAUCGAUUCGUCAAAGGUUUUGGAUUAUCGGCGGUCGCGUUCCUAUCAGAGCAUUCAUCCACAAGUGCGUGAUUUGUGCUCGUCAUCGUGCUACUACUGGUCAACAAGCUGUAGGACAGCUUCCAGCAUCACGAGUCGUUCCGCGCCGACCGUUCUUCAACUCUGGAGUCAAUUAUGCCGGGCCACUGACUCUCAAAACUUUUCGCGGACGAGGCUGCAGAACGUACAAGGGAUAUUUCGUCAUUUUCGUUUGUUUCAGUACGUCUGCGAUACAUCUGGAAGUCGCGACUGACUAUUCUACGGACGGCUUUCUGGCGGCGUUCAGGCGAUUUACCGGACGGCGAGGCAUAUGCUCUACUCUGACUAGUGAUUGUGGCACGAAUUUGAUCGGUGCCGACGCAGAACUCAAACGAAUGUUCACGGCAUCUUCUCGCGAGUGGGCUCACAUCGCUAACAUUCUCGCAAAUGACGGAGUGAAGUGA